AUGGCUACCCAUAGCGUCCUUACCUUUGAUGCUGAGGGUCGUGCUGUUCACUUUGAGGUCUGGGUCGAUGACCUCCAGCCUUUCCUACAGUGCGAUAGGGCAGACGGAAUCUCCCUAUUCGAUCUCACCUCUAGUGCCUCUCCUGCCCCGCCUGCUACUGCUGACAGCACUGUUCGCUCACAGUGGGCCACACGCGAUGCUGCUGCCCGUCUUGCUGUGCGUCGCCACUUACCGACUACUGAGCGUGCACACUUUAGCCAGUACAAGAGUGCUCAGACCUUGUACGACGCUAUAGUUGCACGCUACUUCUCCCCUGCCACUGCUGCGCUUAUCCGCCGCAUGCUGUCGUACCUGGACCACUUCCUCGCAGUUUGCCCCACCACACUCACCGUUGACCUCCUCGAGGAGCGCCUCCUAGCAGCAGAGAAGAGCAUAGUCGCUGUAGGAGCCUCUCGUGGUGACCCUUGCACCCCCGUCUUUGACGACUGUUCCCCCUCCCCUCUCUUGCCCUCUGUUGCUUCUGCUGCUGCGGCCGACCUCGUUGGUUUCGAGUCCGUCGGCGCUGCAUCUGCCCCUAUCGGGAGACGCCGCACCGGCAAGGGCAAGGGGGGCAAGGGCACUGGAGGGGCUGGCGGGGGCGGUGGAGGUGGUGGUGGAGGCAGUGGGGGGGGUGAGGGUGGUGGUGGGAGUGGUGGCGGGGGUGGAGGUGUCGCUGGCAGCAGUGGAGGCGGUGGAGGCGGCGGCGGUGGCGGAGGGAGCGGAGGCAGCGGAGGUGGCGGAGGCGGCGGAGGUGGCGGAGGCGGCGGCGGCAGCGGUGGAGCUGGUCGCGGCUCUGCGCAGAGGAGUUGCUCCGCUGGUGGUCCGCGCCAGCAGCAACAGUGCAGUCAUGAGACCCUGUCCCCUCAGCAGCUUCGUGAGUGGUACGGUGCGCGUCAGCGCGGUGGGGGUACUGGUCCCUGUACCUACGUCCUCCGUACCGGCGACCGCGCUGGUGAGCAGUGCGGGGGCCCGCACUCCACCCAGCGCUGCUUCGGCCGCCUGACGGACGCGUGGCGUCACCAGUUCCCUGAGGCCUCUGAGAUCCCUCGCUGGGGAGAGCUGUCUAGGGCGGGGGUUGCUAUCUUUGAUCUUGACUAUGAUGCUAUUCUUGCUGUCAUGUAUGCUGUGUCUGGUAGUGUUGAGGGUGACUGUUACCUGUGUGUUCCGCCUGACCCGGGCAUUGAGGCUGCUGCUCUAGGUGCUGGUGAGGCUGCUGCUCUAGGUGCUAGUGCGUCUGCUACCCCAGGUGCUGGUCAGUCUGCUCUCUCAGGUACUACGUCGGCUCCGGCCUUACACACCUUCACCCUUGACUCGGGUGCUUCCCGCUCCUUCUUUCGAGACCGCACCACGCUUACGCCACUUAGUCGGCCAUUUGCAGUCUCCCUGGCGGACCCCUCUGGGGAUCCUGUCCUUGCUAGCUUCUCCACUGUCUUACCGUGCCCGGCAGCCCCCUCUGGCACCCUGUCCGGUCUAUACCUUCCCUCGUUCUCUACGAACUUGGUGAGUGGAGCUGACCUACAGGAUAAGGGGGUUGACCAGUUCACUCCUGCGAGUCAGCGGGUGACCCACUGCACGUGUGCUCGGACAGAACGACACUUGGCCACGUUCACCCAUCGGGCGGGGUCGAGCCUGUACACACUUACUACUGAGUCUCCUUCGACUGCUGAGUCUGGUCAGGUAGCUGCGUCAAGUCAGAUACUCUUCUUUGGCACCACCGCCUUGGUCACCCCUCCCUGCCUCGUCUUCGAGGCAUGGCCUCCCGUGUCCUUGUCUCUGCGCGCCGCCCCUCACUCCUCCGAGUUUCCUCCGACAGAGGCUCCGCUGCAGACCCUCCACAUGGACAUGUGGGGCCCCGCCCGCGUCCGUGGACAGGGCCACGAGCGUUACUUCCUGUUGGUGGUUGAUGACUACUCGCGUUACACCACAGUCUUCCCCUUGCGCACCAAGGUUGACGUCACUCGGGUGUUGAUCGACUGGAUCUGCGCAGCUCGUCUCCAGCUCAGUGAGAUUUUCGGCUCGGACUUUCCUGUUCUGCGUCUGCACUCUGACAGAGGCGGGGAGUUUUCCUCUGCCCAUCUGGGAGCCUUCUGUCGUGCACAGGGCAUCCGCCAGUCCUUCACGCUUCCGGCCUCUCCACAGCAAAAUGGGAUUGCUGAGCGCCGCAUUGGCAUGGUCAUGGACGUCGCUCGUACGUCCAUGAUCCAUGCGGCUGCCCCCCAUUUUCUGUGGCCAUUUGUGGUUCAGUACGCAGCGCAUGAUCUCAACCUCCAGCCCCGGGUCUCCUUGCCAGAGACCUCCCCCACCCUGCAGUGGACCGGGAAGGUUGGCGAUGCGUCUGCGUUUCGGUUUUACCACCCCACCUCGCGCCGUGUUCUGUCCUCCCAGGACAUCACCUUUGACGAGUCGGUGCCUUACUACCGUCUCUUCCCCUACCGCACUGCGCCCCUCCCCCCGCCGUCGCUCUUCCUUGCGCCAGGUCCUCCCCCGGUAGACCCCCUCCCCCCUCAGGGUCCUGCCCAGUCAGGUGUGUCCCAGGUAGACGCAGCCGAGCCUGUCGAGGUAGCUGUUGACUCUGGUGCUGAUAUAGGUGCUGAGCCUGCGGGUGCCGGGUCUGGAGGUGCUGGGCCUGAGGGUGCGGAGCCUAUGGGUGCUGAGUCCAGGGGUGUUGAGCCUGGUGGUGCUGAGUCUAAGGGUGUUGAGCCUUGGGGUGCUGAGUUUGGGGGUGCUGAGCCUGGGGGUGCGGAGCGUGGGGGUGCUGGGUCUGCUCGUGUGGCCUCUCGCGGUGCUUUGUCGAGUCGGGAGCCACACUCUCCACAGGAGCUGCGCGAGUGGUUUGCCCGGCGCUGGAGCCGUGCUGCUAGAGCAGGAGGUUCUACUGUUGCUGCUGGUCUCGGAGGUACUGCUGGAGCUGCUGGCGGUACUGGCGCUGCCGGUCCUACUGGAGCUGGAGGUGCUGGGGGUGUUGGCGCUGGUGGUUCUGCUGGCGCUGGUGCUUCUGAGGGUGCUGGAGUUGGCGCUGUUGGAGCUGGAGGUACUGCUGGCGCUGGUGCUGCCGCUGGGGGUAGUGGUGCUGUCCCUGCUGGUUCUGGAGGCACUGCGCGGCCGCGGCCGUACUUCGUUCCGCUCCUUGAGCAGCGUCGUGAGCCUGCGUCUCGUCCUGCGUCGCCUGUUCGUGCUGCUCGCACCAGUCGUCGUGCUCCGCGUCCGCCUCCUCCUACGAUCCCAAGCACACACCAAAUGGCACUGCGUCCUUCCACUGCUCCUCUGCGUGUCCCGUUGCCGUCUCCUCCUAUGUCCUCUCUUCCUGUUCUUGCUCACCCGGAGUCUGACUCUCUUUGUGCUGCCAGUCCUACUGUCACGCCUCUGCUAGCUACUGCUGUCACUGACCCUUCCUUUGAGUCCACUGCUGCGUUUGCCUUAGUGGCUGAGCUUGACGACUUUGUUGCUCGCUGUCAUCUAGACUACGCCGCUAGUCUUGUUGCUGAGUCUGAGUCUGUGUGUCCUCCGUCCGUCGGGGGUGAGUGUGCUCUUAGCACGGACGUCCUUGAGGACAGGCAGGAGGAGUUCCAGUGUUUUGCUGCUGCUUUGCCUCAUCUCGUGUCCACGCUGAUUGCCCCUGAGGGAGACCCGAAUGCACCAGACAUCCCGGCUCCUCGAUCGUACGCUGAGGCGAUCGAGGGUCCCUACUCCUCACAGUGGCAGUCAGCCAUGGACGCAGAGAUGGCUUCUUGGAAGUCCACAGGCACCUACGUCGACGAGGUUCCCCCACCUGGGGCGAACAUCGUCAGUGGCAUGUGGAUUUUCAGGGUGAAGCGGCCGCCGGGUUCUCCGCCUGUCUUCAAGGCGCGUUACGUGGCUCGAGGCUUCAGUCAGCGGCAGGGAGUUGACUACUUUCAGACCUUCUCUCCCACCUCGAAGAUGACCACUCUUCGGGUGCUGCUGCACAUAGCCACGCAGCGCGACUACAAGCUCCACUCUCUUGACUUCAGCACAGCUUUCUUGCAGGGCAGCUUGCACGAGGAGAUCUGGCUCCGCCGCCCACCUGGCUUCACCGGGUCGUUUCCUCCUGGUACCCAGUGGAGCCUCCGGUGGCCAGUCUACGGUCUCCGCCAGGCGCCCCGUGAGUGGCACGACACACUGAGUACUACACUUGCGGCUCUUGGGUUUGCUCCUUCUACAGCCGACCCAUCCCUGUUCCUGCGAACCGACACCUUUUUGUCGCCGUUCUACAUCCUCGUGUACGUGGACGACUUGGUCUUUGCCACUGCUGACACUGCUGGACUCGCCCACGAGAAGUCCGAGCUGCAGAAGAGACAUACGUGCACAGACCUGGUUGAACUGCGCAACUACCUUGGCUUGCAUAUCACCUGGGACAGAGCACAGCGCACCAUUACCCUGACUCAGUCACACAUGGUGCAGCAGGUCCUUCAGCGCUUCGACUUCAAGUACUCCUCGCCUCAGGCCACUCCUCUGUCUACUUGCCACUCGCUCUCAGCUCUGCCUUCGGAUGAGUCCGUAGAGCCGAGUGGCCCGUACCCAGAGCUUGUUGGCUGCCUCAUGUACCUGAUGACCUGCACUCGACCUGACCUUGCAUACCCUCUUAGCAUCUUGGCUACGCAGCGGUCGUCACAGGAUUACACCUUCAGCCUUGGCUUUGGCUCUGUUUCGUGGCGGUCUACCCGCUCGUCUUCUGUUCUCGGCUCCAGCUGUGAGGCUGAGAUCUACGCGGGGGCCAUGGCUGCACAGGAGCUACGCUGGCUCACCUACCUGCUGACUGAUCUAGGAGAGCCGCCUCGUUCUCCUCCAGUUCUGUACGUAGACAACAAGGCCAUGCUGGCCUUGUGUCGGGAGCAUAGACUAGAGCACAGAACAAAGCACAUUGCUCUCCGGUACUUCCUUGCUCGUGAGCUGCUGCAGCGUGGUCAGCUGCACCUUGCUUACGUGGCCUCUGAGGCCAACACUGCUGAUAUCUUUACCAAGGCACUUCCGCGUGGUGAUCAUUAG